AUGACAGUCUUGAGUCCCACCUACACUAAGCGAUCAGACCAUUGCAACAAGAAUUCGAAGAAGGGAGGGAAGCUGACCGUCUCCGCAGAAUUGAUUCAAAACUACGUGCAGGGCGAGAUGACCUACCCAACAGGGGAGAUUGAGACCCUACAGACUGGCGAUGGCCACACUCUGCUCUUUGGAAUUGACUUGUCCGGGGUCCUUCACGUUAUUGAAGAGCAAAGCGGGACAUGCCAUGCGGGAUGGCACGUACAUGACCUAUCGACGGCGGCGAUCCAGGCGCAAUUCCUAAGCGAUGCGUCCCGAGCGGUCGUCCGCACCUUCGACGAUCUCUCCUGGACCGCGUGCCCAGCAUGGACGAUGGUGCCAUUCGCCAAUGAGACAACCCGUGCGAUCACGAUCGCCGGGGCCAUGUUUGCAGAGAUGUGGGAGAAGAGUCCGUUUCUUGUGGUCGAUGUCGAGCGAACUCACUCGCAAUCGGCCUCCGAAGCCCAGAUCGUGCGAUAUCAUAUCGACACUGCCCACACAACCGGUCACUUCUGGGUCAAGAAGGAUGUAACGAUUGAUUUAGCGACCGGAGCCUAUAAAAGUGUACCGCAAAUGGUGUGCGAGCCCGUCAUUAACGCCUACGGGGAUGGUCCGGUCAUCCCGCGGCGCUUGCGACUCCCAGGGGAAGCCAUUCCCACGGCGAUUGCUACCGCCCGGUAUGCCACCGAUCACAGUACAGACCUCUACUGCGUCGGCGGCUCGACCCUGUGCCGAUUUGCGGCGGACCAACAGAGCGAGGCGAUGGACCCGCUAGCUCUCUGCACGAGCGAGUUCCUGGUGGGCACCGACACCCUGCGGGCGAUGACCCACGGAGGCAUAACGACCCUCUGGGGGCGCAAUCAAAGCAAUCAGGUCUACUACCUGGCGUGCCGCACCAGCCAGCUUUCCAAGCCCGCCGCGUGGACACCCGACCAGCCAUGCACGAGCUUUCGCUCGUACACCACGACCAUCCAUGUCACGGAGCUCAAUUCGAACGCGCCAGUGCCCAAGGCGAUGGUGAAGCUAUCCGCCAGCAGCCGCACCCCGGUGUUCAUCAACGGACUCUACUACGUCCUGUCGGCAACUGUCCCCGUCCAAAUUCCCGCGGACCCUUCGGGGGUCCUGACCGUGAUUGAGGCCACCAACGACAGCCUGCAAGCGACCGUGCUGACUGUCACACUGGAGAACACCACUCUGACCACUAAUCCCGCCGACCAGACCAUGGCCAGGAUCACCGCGUUGGACUCUGCCGAGAAACUCCGCGGCGCGCAGGUCCCGACGCAGACCGUCGCUGGCGGUGUUGACGGAGCGUCCACGUACACCUCCCUUGUCCGGGUUCCUGCUCAGACCAUGAUGUGCCAGUCUCACGGGGCACUCAUGCUUCGCACCGCAACCACGUCCGCGACGAAGACACUCAAUCUGAAUUUCUUCGGGGAUUUGUGGGACGGAAUCGGCGCGAUCGCUGGGAUAUAA